ACAAAUUACAACGGACGGAUCCAUUUUUUCUGUUUCGUUCGGGAUUUAAAAAAAAAAUUAUUAACCCCGCUCUCUUGAAGGGAGGAUAGGGUGUGACUGUGACAUAGCCGGAAGUUAGACGAAGAUGGCUGUCACGCUUGCUGGGUAUGCGUGUCUCUCCUCAUUAUCACCUCCUCCUGCUCCCAGCAGUUGUCCUUGUCCUCCUCGCCGGAGUUAUUAUUGUAAAUGUAACCACAAUUCCCACCAAACCCUUACUCAUAUCACAUCUUCCGGCGUUAUCGCUUGUCUUCGUGCCACCAGUGCUGAGCUUGCUGUUGAUGCUGCGUGUGCUGCACUCGACGCUGGCAUUUCAGUUCUGGAGAUUGUUGUACCAACGCCGGGUUUUCUUGAGGUUUUGGAGCACUUGGUGCAGCAAUAUCCGACAAAGACUAUCGGGGCUGGGACAGUCUUAAGUUUAAAAGAUGCAAAAGGUGCCAUACAUGCUGGUGCAAAAUUUCUCAUGAGUCCUGCAACUGUAAAGGAGAUUUUGGAUUAUGUCCAUGAAGGUGAAGCUCUAUACAUUCCUGGAGUAAUGACGCCAACGGAAAUAUAUUAUGCUCAUAAUUUUGGUGCUAAAAUUGUUAAGGUUUAUCCUGUUUCAGCAUUAGGUGGGAUUUGCUAUAUCAAGGCACUACAAAAGCCUUUCUCCCAUAUUCCAAUGGUUGCAUCUCAAGGAAUAGCAAUAGAUCAUAUUGAAACAUACAUCACCCAGGGUGCAUCAUCAGUUGUUCUGUCAGAUGCUAUAUUUGACAAGGAGGCAAUGCUUCAACAGAACUUUUCUACAAUUCGUCAACUAGCUCGCCUUGCUGUGUUGCGCAGCAGUAAUGCCAUGGAAAGGGUGAGGAAGUUCAGAUAGACCCUCCUCACACCAUAAGGUGUUGGAAGUCUUAAAUAUCUGCCGUGCCAACAAAUUCUGGUUGAAGAGAUGUCUCCAGUUCGAACCCACGAAAAAUUGGAACAUGUUGAUUCCCGCUUGUUCGUGACUUCCCGUCCUUCGCCAGGACCUGUCUCUCGGUGUGGUGCUACAAAAAGGUUGAAUAUUGCCCCAAAUAUGUGCUCCUACUGAUUUACUCUUCAAUCUGAACAAAAACAUGUAGUGCUAAAGUCCUAAUGGCUAAAAAUACAGGGAGAGUUGGUAACUUACAACCUUCUAUGACAAAUAUAUAAGAAAAUGCUUUAUUUCUGAAUGAGCUUAUCAUGCAUACAGCUCU